AUGUCUUCCUCAGCCGUCUACGUUUCGGACAACGAAGACGACAUCCAAGGAAUCCAUGUUCCCAGAGGGGACGAAGUCUUCACCCAAAGGGGAGACAAAUUUGGUCCACAUUUCAGGUCUCAAUCGACCCAUGCUUCCCUUGGCGCUCUUCGUCGUCUGUGCAACAUCCCUCAAGAAAUAGAAUUCUCUCUUCCUAGACCAAACGAGUCUCCAGAAGUAGUGCGAGAGGGUUUUUGUUGUGCGUACGAAGUUUACUUCAAAGGGAACCAGACGAUCCCCCGCCCAACUGUUGACUUCCUAUCUUUCUUUCGAAUCGUUUCUGAGGGUGAAACAAAUUGGAAUUCCUUCACCCUUCAACGCAUUCAUAAAGCGGGGCUUGCUAUCAGAGACGGUCAAACUCACCCCCUCGAUCCUCCUCCUGAAGAAAAAGACACCUCGAGCCUGAAUGCUCGGGAUAAGAGAAAAAUGCAAGCUGAGACUAAGGCUCUUAAGGAUCAGUUAUCCGAAAUUGGGAAGAAAAAACGGAUAGCUGCAAUCUCCAGGGUUGGUAACUUCCACAUGAAGACCCUCCUGGUUGAUGAUGGUUCUUUAGAAGCGGCUCUAUCAAUUGCGGUAGACUCUCAUGGAGCCGAUAUCCCUAACGAUCCUCCAGUCGCCAUCGCUAUUUACUCUCCCGAACGAGAGAGAGAAAAAGAAGUAACCUCUUCAGUCUGCACGAAGAGGAGGGCUCCAGACACGGACACUUUAUCAAACGAGAGACCCAAAAUCAUUCUGAGCUCCCCCUUCCGGGAGACAGUAAUCUCAGAAAAAAAUGAUGAGCCGAGACCGGAGGUUUCCUUGUCUCAAGGAUUGAGUAUUAGGACUCAAAACCCUUUACCUGCUUCGACUUCUGGUGGAGAAGAGAUUGGAGACAUCCUCCGAAGUUUUCAAACCAGGGAAGGGACAUCCCUUCCCCCUUUUUUGGCGUUCAUGGAAACUAAUGGAAUGAUAUUCCAUUAUGAAAACCUUCUUCACCAAGCGAUGAAAGAGACCGCAAAGGCUAGGAAGGAGACUGAUGAGCUUAGAUUAGCCAAUCAGUCCGAGCGACUCGAGAGAGUGAAUGCCCUCGAGUCAUCCUUUGAGAAUAUGAAGAAAACGUUGGAAGCUAAUGAGCAACGCAUCAGAAUCGCGAAAACCGAAAGAGACUCUGCGAGGUCUAACGUUCUUCGCUUGGAAGCUGAGUUAGAAGAGGCUGCGGCUGUUUUCGAAGAAUCGAACCAAAAUGCCGAGCUUUUAGCUAGGAAUAGGGCUCGCGAUAUCGCUGAAGCCAAACAUAACGCUCGGGAAGAGAUAAGGGGCUUUGGUAGGCAGCUCAUUCAAUCUAUUACGAAGUUCACCAAAGACGAAGAGGUCUGGAGUAAACUUCUAUCCGAUCGAGCCGAGCUGAAGAGUAAUCUAGACCUGAUUGAGGAACUAGAGAGCGGGAGAGCUUCAUUCGAGAGUGAGAGGAGAGAAUUUGCUUCUGAACUCGUUGCGGUUGAAUCCGAGCUAUCCUCAGCUUCCCGUCCUUCCCUCGAUCUGAAACAGUUUUCUUCGGUGUUUGGAGAUUCCUCCUCUUAA